AUGUCAUUUCAUGUAAUUAACCCCAAACGGGAACGGGUGGUACUGUCGCACGCGUUUCGCAUGUGGCACACGAGCCAACUCCGCAAAUAUGACAUGGAUUUGCUGUGUAUGGGCUCAGCCCUGUUGAACGGAUUCAUUAUACCGGCCCAUCAAACACAGUUCACCAUUUCACACCGAUGUAACACUUACUGCAUUGACCGGGCAAUGCCGAGCACCGGUAUUUAUUUGGAUUCUGUGGCACCACAUAUGCACUCAACAGGCAGAAAAAUGGUUGUCCGACACGUGCGUCAUAACCGCGAGUUGGAGCACAUCCUGGAGCACCCGUACAUGGAUUACGACCAUACGGUCAAUAUUAAAUUCAAACGUCCUGUCCAUAUAUUACCCGGUGAUAUCAUAUCGAUUGAGUGCACGUACGAAACCAGUGGCCGGAACUGGACUACAAUGGCGUCUAUCUAUAAGAAAAAUGAGAUGUGUUUUGCCACCUUUUAUUACUACCCCUACGUUAGGGAUGUGCCGUCCGCUUGUCUUAAUAGACUGUCAUACGAGGCACUCUUGAACAUAUCUGGCCUCCAGGAGCUCGAAGGUUAUGAACAAAACUACCAAAACAUGAUAAUCCGACGACCAGUUCAAUACAACAACACAUUACUACCCGAUUAUAUCAGAGCCAAAAAGGAUUGGAUGUCAGCCGAAGAGAUCCAAAAUAUUAUACUAAACAGUGAUAACCGGAUGGAGUGUUAUAUAGUUCCGAGAACCGAUGUUCAAACAUCUCUCGAAGCAGACUAUGGCUCACUUUUGAUGGGUCUAUGGAAAGAAAGUUAUUGCGCAAAACUACAGACCACAUGGAAAGACCAGAAGUGUUCGUUGAUAUUGUAUUUAGUGAGCGAUCGCAACAGAAACAGCUCUAAACACGAGGACUUAAUCAACGAUAUCCUAUCGGUUUCGCAAAUACUGUUAAACUCCGCCAAGUUUUUACACAUCUUGAUCUGCCGUCUGAUAUGUCUGUCCAAAAGGUUGGGUCUAUUCUCCAACAACUGGUUGACAUCCCUGAAGGUGACCGCCUGUACGGUCAUCGUUAUACCUUUCUCAUUCCUAAUGUAA